AUGCCCUUUGUGAAAGGGGCUCGUAACUGCUUCCUCCCAGGUGAAGUGACUUCAACCCCCCAGGUGUCGCACCUGGCACCUCACUGGCAGGGAGAGUUGGGCUACCUGGGCUACCGGGGCUAUCUGGGCUACCGGGGCUAUCUGGGCUACCGGGGCUAUCUGGGCUACCGGGGCUAUCUGGGCUACCGGGGCUAUCUGGGCUACCGGGGCUAUCUGGGCUACCGGGGCUAUCUGGGCUACCGGGGCUAUCUGGGCUACCGGGGCUAUCUGGGCUACCGGGGCUAUCUGGGCUACCGGGGCUAUCUGGGCUAUCGGGGCUAUCUGGGCUAUCUGGUGGAGGAGAAGAAGAAGAAGAAGAAGAAGAAGAAGAAGAAGAAGAAGAAGAAGAAGAAGAAGAAGAAGAAGAAGAAGAAGAAGAAGAAGAAGAAGAAGAAGAAGAAGAAGAAGAAGAAGAAGAAGAAGAAGAAGAAGAAGAAGAAGAAGAAGGAGGAGGAGGAGGAGGAGGAGGAGGAGGAGGAGGAGGAGGAGGAGGAGGAGGAGGAGGAGGAGGAGGUUGAGAAGGAGGGGAGGAAGGGAAGGACCAAGAGGAAUCCGGCUGGGCACUGGCAGAAAGGCAUGAAGGAACAGGGGGGCUGCAAAAAAGCUUAUUCUGCUGCUGCUGCUGCUGCUUCCGCUGUUUCUCGGGCAGGUGAGAGCUGCCUGGGCGCUUGA